CACAUUUACAAAUAUGAAGACUGGUAAGCCUGAAUACUCAAGAGGGUGGCAAUAUACAGCAACCAAUCUUUUGGGCGAUAAAAGAGAGAGCAUGUGCAAGAAUGUUUUACUUCAGCGAUCAAUUCUAGGACGCAGUAAUACACAUUGCCUAAAAGUCCAUCCCCCACCAUUCACUUACGGAAUAAAAAAUGUAAAAACCAGUGGUGUCUCUGAUACCCUUCACUGGAUUGAUGAUACCACAAUUCGUCAGAAGUCUAAUGACCAUAUAUAUCUAACUCGGGACUUCGUGGCACUAAACUGUGAUAGUGUAAAGCAGGGAGUGACAACAAGCAAGGAAAUGACUCACUUUAGGGCGUUACACGAUAGAUUGAGACCGAAACAAGCGAAACGCAGAUCAAGAACGGAGUCACCAAAACUACAUUUGGAUGUCACUCAUGGUAUGCCUAACAAAGCCUCUACGCCAAUUCAAGAAAUCCUUUCAAACAAAUAUCAAAAAGACUGGAUUGAUGCACAGAUGAGGAAAUCAGACAAAAUAGAAGCAAAAUUAGUUGGACUAACGAGCAUGUCCAGAAGAGUUAACCAUCCUGACACAGAUGCGAUGGUUAAAAGAAAUUGCAUGAGGAAAAACAAAGAAGAGAGCUUCUGGAAGUUGAAGAGGUUUGAACAAAAUGCUGUCGGGCGGAUAAACACAUUCAGAAACGAAGAAUGUCGAAGACUUGCAUUUGAAAAAGAUAAAAGCAGUAAGAUAUCACGAAUCGGAUUACAUGGUCAUGGAAUCCAACGUACAGGAGAAUGUGCAUAAAAACCUUUUGUCUUUAUGCUGCAGAACUACGAAAAACACGUUUAUUAGGAAACAGCCCAAAGUAAACUAGAAAUCUGCAGCAAAGUUGUUUACCUUGAAAACAACAACUUCAUUAUUUAAUUAUCAGUUUUCAAAGCAUUUUGGUGGUACGAUAAGAAUAAAAGGGCCGCAUUCUGUGUAAAUAAGGGUCGAGAUAGUGCAUCUCACCAAAAUAUUGUCUAUGUUGUAGUGAAACUAAACUAAAUGCAAAUGAAC